GCUCUCCAAGAGCGUAACAGGAGAAUUACUGUCAGAAGAAAGUCAGAGAUUUAUUUUGAAGCUUUCUCUCUGAAGGAACAACGACUCUGGGUUCUUUGUUGAUUUUAGGAUGACCGAUGUGUGGAGAUACCGGGCCGCCGUUGAAAAGAAGAUUAGAUGAUUCUUCAGAGCGAGACCGGAUGUGAUUUUUCGUCCUAGUGCCGCCCAGGAACGUCCAGACCCUCUGUGAGAUGUCCACCUGACCUCUGACCCUCGCACCAUGGACCUCCGUCUGCAGGCCAACCCGCAGCUCCACUACGGGAUCAACGGGGCCGCCGGCCGAAACUCCAGGCAACACGAAGAUGAUCUGCGGUUUCUGAGCCAGGAGGAGCAGGAGUGCAUCCAGUUCUUCGAGGAGACUAUCGACUCAUUGGAGGAGAGUCUUGAGGAAAAUGACCCAAGACUGGAGCAGAGAAUCAGCAGAAGUCUUGUCGAAGGUGUCAAUGGACCCCCGACCUCAAGUCCCAACCCUGGUGUCACUGUGUCCUCCUUCUUGGCCAGACCUCCCAGUCCCAAAGACCAGGAUAUUAUAGAUCUGGUUCGCCCAAAACCAGACUUGGUGCAGACCAAAGAGCGGCACUUCAGCCCCACCAAUCCAGAUUUUCAGAGUAUGCCAACUCCUGAAAGCCACUUUGAGAUAAAGCCAAGGCGUGAUCAGACAGACAGCUUGCCUUCAGAGUACAACCCUCCCCUACCAAGUGGCAGCUAUGGGCCAACAGACAGCCACUCCGCCUACCACCCUCCAGGCUGUAUCCCCACCCCGGUCCUGAUUGCCCAGCAGAUAGCUGAGAACCAGGCAGGUGGAACCUCCAACUUCCUGCCCUCGUCACUCCUCCGCCACUGCAGCCUGGACAGCACAGAUGGUCCGAUAGUUAAACAGGGUCCGCCUACCUCUGCCAAGCCUUCCCGCUACCCCUCUAACAUCAAUGUGAUCCUCGGCAAUAAGGAGCACCACAACCAGUCGCUAGCAAAUGUGAACAUCCAGGAAAGACAGACGCAGAUGUUGGCAAAUCUAUCAGGGUCACACCCUCUGCUGCAGGAAGAUCCUCAGCAGUCCAUAGAACAGAAGGCUCGAAAUGUUCCCACACGGAGCAUUUCCUUCAAGGACCCAUCACCAGACAAAUCCAGGAUGGAGGCCCUGUCUAAGCUGGGCUUAAACAGGAAUCGAGCCAUGUCCGGGGGUAUGUCGCUCCUCGUCACCCCUAACAGCACCUCUCUGGAUCCUUCCACAGGUGCAGAAACAAAUGCCAAACCUCUGAAGGCCAGUGCUUCCCUAACAACAGAAACCAGUACUAAAUUGCCUGAAGCCACUGUUAGAUCACCAUCUCAGAUUUAUGAAGACAGAAAAGCUGAGAUUCUACGGAGGGAUUCUCUUAGGAGCAAUGAAGAUAGGAACCGCCAAGUGAGCCCCUCACCUCCAGCAGUCACACAGGGCAGCUUCUAUCCACCUCCUCCUUUGGAUACCAAGACAUCCAUUCCCCCUGCACCUGAGGUCACCUCACUGGAAUCGAACAGCUACGGAGGGAAAUCUAUCAUGGUCAACCCGUCUGUUUCCUCCAGGAGUGAACCUCCAACCUCUCAAACUAGCCAUGAACCCAAAAUAUUUCCACCAGCGUUGGCUAACCCGAUUGAGUUCAACCCCUAUGGAGGAAAGACCAAAGUCAUGACCCCGGCUGCCGUGACCAGGAGCGACCUUCCUGACAUCCUUAGCUCCCACAUCGACAAGAGUCAAACCUUACCUGCCAAGUCAGAGCCGCUACCCACUGAGCUGAAUAGUUACGGAGGCAAGAGCCGAACCAUCAACCCCUCCACCGGGUUAAAUCGCCCUUCAAAGAGUUUCAAACCUCCAGCCCCAACCCCAGCCCAAAAACCUCCUCGGCACUCCUAUCACGGUGCCGUUACUUCCCAGAAAGCAGCGUCGCGAGCCUUGUCCCCUGAACACAAGCGGAGGCCUAGCUCCAUGUUUCGUCCUCAAGGCAUCACGGUGCAGUUUUCUGGACGGGGGGCGACGGACGAGUCUCGCAGGGACGCGCUGAGGAAACUGGGGCUGCUAAAAGACUCUUGAUGAAUUAAUUCUUCAGUCUCCACCUGAAUCUCUGCUGUGGACCUGCUGGUGGAGGUGGUAUGCUAGAACCUUCCCCAUUUAUGUCAGAGCGUGAAGGUGUGGUUGCAUAGAGACCUACUUUUACAGAGGAAUGGAGCUAGAUCCUACAAUGGACCCGCACAGCCAGUUCUUGUUUCCUCACAAUAAAAAAGACAGACAGAAGAAUGACACAGUGCAGCAGCUACUGUUUCAAUGACAAAAGUCUUGACAGAUAAACUGCUUUAUCUUGCUUCUGAUCCAGGACAUUGAAUACCUCUGCACAAGAUUUUGGAACAAACUGAUGCUGUAAAAAAGGAGCAUCCGCUUCCUGUGGGAAUCAUAUAACAUUUGGUCUCUGGUUUGCCACAACCGAGGCUCAUUGUGAAAGUUUAAAACAUCUUAAUGAAAAAGUCUGGAGAUAUUCUAUAUAUAUAUAUAUAUAUAUAUAUAUAUAUAAGACCAAAACUACCAAUGUGUUAGUCCGCCUCUCAAUACUUUAUGACUUCGCUACCUUGGCACUGUAGUUUUUUAUCAAACAUUACUCAUACAGGAGAAAAUAAUGUGUUUGUUGGGGACUAUUUUCAGUGGGGGAUUAAUACACAUUCGAUUCGAACCAGGCAAAGCGGGCGACUGUCCCUGCAUCCCAACCCCUAUAGGGUCCCCAAAAGGUACGUUAUGUGCCAGUUAAUUUUAUUAGUAAAUCUAAAAAAAAUCUACCAUUAUUAUUUAAAUAUUUAAAUAAAUGUGUGCUUAAAAUUGCCACAAACUAAUUGACAAACUGUAAAUAAACAAUUAAAUUAGAGCAGUUUAAUAUAAACAACCUCUCGUCACAUACUCAGAAAAAAAAGAAUUUAAGUUAUAUUAUUUGUUUUUACGGUGUCAUUUUUCUUCCAGCAACUGUCCGCAAAGUGAAAUUAAUGUUCAUACACAGGCUGUGAAGUCUUUAUCACCCCUGUAACAUGGGAACCUUUUGUGUUUUCACUGGUUUGUGUAUCGACUUUUGGGCAUUUUAGUCAGCGGGGAGAGCGUAUGUGUGUGUGUGUGUUUUCUGUCUGCACUUUUGUUUAAAGUACUUUUCUCUGGAGGAAUUUUAUUACUUCUGAAAUAACCAAAACUAUAUUGUCAAGAACAAAAGGCAUAAAUAUAAAGUAUAUAAAGAAGAUCAAAGAAACAAGACAUGCAAAGUCAAACUCGGUGCCUGUUUUCUAAUCGUUUGAGAAUGAAUAUCUCCACUGAUUCGGAUGACCUGGAAUAUCAAGAGAUGCACGAGUUGAAAGUGAAAAGAGCCUGGGGUUUUCUUGAAAGAUGCAAAACUGAGCUGAGCUGGAGGAUAUUUUUACUCCACGGACAAACCUCCCACACCAAACCACAGACUGUGGAAUGGGUUUUUGCGGGCAGGACUUUUACUUUUUUACUACGCAGAGGGAAUACUUUUAAAACUGCUCUUUAGGGAUGGGCGAGCACAUGGCAUUGUACAAAACACAAGCACUAAAACCCACAGUCUAGAAAUACAUCCUGGGUUACUUAUGUGUUUUUAUUCCUUUUUUUUUUCUCGAGCUGUUGUCGAUAACUUUGCAAGUGUGUUAUUUAACUGUUGUAGCAGCAUGUAUGUGUGUAUGUAUGUGUGUGUGUGUGUGAGUAAGUUUACUGUGUUUUAUCCAGACUCCGGCUUCUGUAGCUCACCUACAGUAACUUUUGAAGUAUAUUUUGUUUCACAUAGAAGUACCCAGAGUUGUACUUGUUGUCCUGUGUGAAUAUUUCUGUGAAUUUUGUUUACAGACUCCGGUUCUCUGUAGUUCAGCUACAGUCAUUUUUGAAGUAUCUAAUGGUGCAUGCAUUCAGUUUAUAACUACAUUCUGUAUAACACAGCCGACUUUAUAAGGAAAUGUUUUUGCUACGUGUAAACGUCUUCACAGAACGGGGUUUAAAGUGCCUCCAUGUGUGGUAAAUGGGAAUAUUAGUGGCCAUGGUUAAAGUUGCUGCUACGCUACAACUGUCCACAUUAUACUGUAUGUACUCUGCUUAAUAUAUCUACUGUUGAGUUUUUUUUGUCAAUCAUUAAACAGA